AUGGCCAUCAGCGAAGAUCUAUACGACAAUCUCGCCGCGACAGCCAAAGGCUUCAUAGAAGCUACCAACGCCGCCACGCCUCGAGACAACAACCCCGACUACGACCUCAUCCGCUCCUUCGCAGCACCCCAUUUCCGCAUCGAAUGGGCCCCCAAGCUCUUCGCAAAGUCCUCUCCCGUCCUCGGCGAUGCUCGCGACAUCGAAGGCUUCUGCUCCCACAUCCGCGGCAUGUCUGCAAACCUCUCCACCUGGGCCAUCCUCGUGCAAGACAUCUUCGUGGACGUAAAGCGGCGGACCGUCAUCGCCCGUGCGGAUUUCUGGAUGCUGCCGAAUGGAGGCGAUAAAGUAUGCAAUGAUAUUGUGUUCUUCAUCAAGAUGGACCAGAGCGGCGAGAAGAUUAUCGACUGCACUGAGUACGUUGAUCCAGAGGCCAGCAAGCAGAUCCGUGAUCGGAUUGCGGCGAAGACGUGGGAGAAGAAUGCUGAGGCCGAGCGGAAUGUGGCUCUCAAUGGUCAGAGUUGA